AUGAUUCUUAUUCAAAUUUUUUUAUUUUUCAAUGCUAUUCUUUUUUCAAUAGCAACAAUCACUGAAAUUCAAAAUCAAAUCGAUCAAUUAUCAAAAAGUACUCAAGAAAAUAUUCUAAAUAUUCUUUUAUCAACACCAUCAUCAAGAAAUGAUCUAAAAAAUACAGAUGAAAAUUGGUGUUGUAAAACUGAUCCUGGUGUUCAAGCAACAUCAUAUACACGACAAACAACAUAUUACGUAUCUGCACAUGGUCGUCAUAAAUGUGGCUAUGAUUCAUGUGGUGUUUUUGGAUGGAGUCAUUGUACACGUUGGUGUGAUGAGUAUUGGUCAGAAGCAAAACAUGGUGUUGAAACAUAUUUAGUUUAUACACAAAACAUUUGUCCUAAUGAUCAAGUAAUAUGUUGUGCACAAAAUAUUUAUGUUCUUGGUCAUUGUAUUUCAUAUACAGAAAUGUAUAAUAAUCAACAAUUAUUGGCAGAAUUAAAUGAAUUAGGAAUUGUCAUUCAAGGUCCUUCUGUUGGUUAA